CAAUAACCUUCUCGCUGGGAGCACCUACUCUUUCCUUCACGACCUGCUCCCUGUGAACAGCACCUGACAUCGCCUCCGCCAUGUUCUCGCUUGCAGACGUCCAGGCGAGGCUGGCAUCGCUCUCCGUCAGCGGAAAUAACAUCAUCUCGCACGCGGCAACCGCCUCGCCGGAAGAGUACAAGAAUGCCGUCUCGUCUUCGUCCGCUCCUGCGUCCACCGCACACCUCAAGACACUUGUCUUCAAGCCAAAGACGGCCAAGACGGCCAAGCCAGUCCCUGUCGUAAUCAUCGCACGAGACGAGACGGACACUGUCACCGGUGCGCUCGGCAAGAAGCUGGACAUCAAGGAAAUGAGGCUCGCUGCUCCAGAGUUGCUGCAGGAGUUUUUCAACGCAACAAAGGACGAUGUAUCGCCCCUGUCGAUCACCUCCUCAAAUGCCUCUCAAAUCACUCUAGUCAUCGACUCUGCACUGGCGUCGUCGUCCGACUCUUUUGCGCUCAAAGCUGGGUCGUCGGAUAAAACCAUGCUACUGAAGGGUACCGAUAUCGCCAAGUACCUUGAGAGCAGUGGCGCCAAGGCGCACCUGAUUGACUUUGCUGAAUUGAAGAAGGAUGCGCCGGCUCCGAUCGCAAAGGCAAAUGCGUCGUCCGGAAAGGCGGCGUCGGCGCCUUCUGCCACAUCAGGAUCGAUCUCUGCAGACGGCAAUGCACGCGCAAAGGCAGCGGACUCGGCCAAGAUCGCCGAUGCAGAGCUCAUCGGUAUCACGAUCCGCAAAGAUGGCGAUUUCUCCGAGUGGUAUCAGCAGGUCCUCAGAAAGGGCGACAUGAUUGACUGGUACGAUGUCAGCGGCUGCUACAUUCUAAAGCCGUGGUCUUACCACGUCUGGCAGUGCAUUCAGACCUUCUUUGACGGCGAGAUCAAGAAGCUCGGGGUGGAGAACUGCUACUUUCCCAUGUUCGUAUCGUCUGAUGUCCUUGAGCGCGAGAAGGACCACAUUGAAGGCUUCGCGCCCGAGGUUGCAUGGGUCACCCGCGCCGGCAAGAGCGACCUGGAGAAGCCGAUAGCCAUUCGGCCGACGAGUGAGACGGUCAUGUACCCAUACUACAGCAAGUGGAUCCACAGCCACCGCGACCUGCCGCUUAAGCUCAACCAGUGGAACAGCGUCGUCAGAUGGGAAUUCAAGCACCCACAGCCUUUCCUCCGCACGCGCGAGUUCCUUUGGCAAGAAGGACACACCGCCUUCCUGACCAAGGAAGAAGCUACUGUGGAGGUGCACCAGAUUCUGGCACUCUACGCGAAGGUUUACACCGACCUGCUCGCACUUCCCGUCGUGCCCGGUGUCAAGUCGGAGAAAGAAAAGUUUGCCGGCGGCCUGUUCACGACCACCGUCGAGGGUUUUAUCCCCACGACCGGCCGAGGCAUCCAAGGCGGCACCUCGCACUGUCUUGGUCAGAACUUCUCCAAGAUGUUCGACAUCAGCGUUGAGGACCCGAGGGCCGAUGCGUCGAAGCGCGGCACUCGCGAGGGGCGCGCGUAUGUCUGGCAGAAUUCAUGGGGUCUCUCGACGCGCACGAUCGGCGUGAUGGUUAUGGUGCACGGCGACAACAAAGGCCUCGUCAUGCCCCCGCGUGUGUCGUCGAUCCAAGUCGUCAUCGUCGCCGUCGGCAUCAACGUCAAGACGACCGAUGCGCAGCGUAAAGAGAUCUACGACGCGUGCGAGAAGCUCGAGGCGGAGCUUAAGCGCGUCGGCGUGCGCGCCAGGUACGACGACCGUGACAACUACACUCCGGCGUACAAAUUCAACGACUGGGAGCUGCGCGGUGUGCCCAUUCGCCUCGAGAUCGGCCCGCAGGACCUAGCCAAGCAGUCGACGCUGAGCGCUCGACGUGACACGGGCGCUAAAGCUGCGAUCCCGCUGGCGACAGUUACGGAAGCGAUACCGCAGCUGCUUGAAACGAUCCACCAUGACAUGUACGCCAAGGCCGAGCAAGUCUACCGCGAAAGGAGGCGUGUCGUGACCAAAUGGGAAGACUUUACCGUCAACCUCAACCAGAAGUGCCACGUCAUCAUUCCAUGGUGCGAGGUCGAGGAAUGCGAGGACGCCAUCAAGGAGCGGAGUGCCCGAGUCGCUGACACUGAUGAACCCGAAGAUGAACGCGCGCCGAGUAUGGGCGCCAAGUCGCUCUGCAUCCCGCUCGACCAAUCUCCCUACCCGGACAUCGCUGGUCUCAAGUGCCCACAAUGCGGCAGCGACGCCAAGCGCUGGACCAUGUUCGGUCGCUCCUAUUAGUUGUGCUGCGGGGCUGCUGGGGCCAGAAAAACCUUAGCAGCGCGAGUGUGAAGAUGUGAAGGAAAGAAAACUUCUGCAUACGUGUAUGCCAAGAAUACAGAAAAGGUCAUGGGCACGUUUCUCCUGCAGGACUCUGCAGCGCAGAUCUGAAUGCCUGUCUGCGCGCUCGCAAGUAUACGAGACACUUCCUUUGAACCUGUGGCAGCCUAGGAGCCGUGUCCCGCCUUCGCGCCGUCGACGUACAUGUUUCUCGUUGCUGCCGGCAGCUGCGCGACCAUGCCAUCAAGCUCCUUUGUGACCUUGACCUGACACCCCAAGCGCGAUGUGUCCGUCAGGCCAAAGGCCAGAUCGAGCAUAUCGUUCUCGUCAUCCCCUGGCUCUUCAAGCUUGUCGUACACGUCUGGCUCGAGGAUGACGUGGCAUGUCGAACAUGCUAUUGAACCUUCGCAGGCGC